AUGGCUAAGAUUCAAAAGGAUAUGCAAGUUAUAUUGAAAAGCAUUCAACAAGGAACUCCAUCUAAGCUGACCAAUAAGGAAAACCAACUACAAGCGCAAACAAAUUGUGAGCGGGAUGUCGGAAGACAUUUCACAACUAUCAAAAUUCGAAAAUCAUGGGACGAUGCCGAGGCUUACUGUCGUGUAAUGGGCGGCCAUCUGGCGACCUUCAAAAACAAAGAAGAGUUUGACUUGAUUACAGGGGAGAUCGAUCCAUCUGAAAGAUAUUGGCUGGGCAUUAACGAUCGGGCUAAAGAGAAUAAUUUUGUAUCCGUAGACUUCGGCAAGAAGGUUACAUUUUUUGAGUGGGGUCUUGCAGAACCUAAUAAUGCCGCUAAAGAUGCUGGAUUAGAUGAGGACUGUGUUGAGCUUAAAGAUCUUAAAAUGAACGAUAGUGAGUGCACCGGUGAAAACUUUUUCAUUUGUCAGAACUAA